UCCUCCGCCGUAUCCCUGUGUUUCUCUUCUCUCUCGCCGUUCCAACCCCCGUGAUCGGCUCGGCUCCGAUUCCGCGCCCGCGCGCCUAGUGUGAUCAGCCCAGGGAGCUCGUUGACGAAUCUCGCUCGUAUCGUAUCCACCAGAUCGCCGUCGCCGGCCCACCUGCCCGCGCGCCGAUGGCCUUCUCCUCCUUCACGUGGCCGUUCCGCCGCCGAGCCGGCGCCGGCCCAAGCAAGCCCUCCGCCGCCGCGGAGGGGAAGGAGGAGGACGCGGAGGGGCUCGGCGUCACGCCGCAGCUCCUCGACUUCGUCCGGACGCUCUCCCCCGACGCCUUCAAGUCCUCCGCCCUCCAGCUCCCCCACCAAGGAGCCUCCGCGGAGCUCUCGGACUGGCAGCAGCGGCACGCCGUCCUCGUGCUCGCCAGAGCCAAGGAACUCGCUAAGAUCCGAUAUGAUCUCUGCCCGCGCCACAUGAAGGACAAGCAGUUCUGGACAAUCUACUUCCUUCUCGCCAGGAGCCACAUCUUGCCAUACGAGUUACGUGCCAUACAGAAGGAAAAGGUUAGAAGGAUGGAGACAGAGAACGGGAAGUCAAAAGAUGUGACUACUGUUGAGGUGGAGAUGCAGGAAUCAAGAUGCAGUAGGGAAUGCGAAACGCUACCGGAUGAUUCAGAUCCUCAGGAUUCAUAGUUAAUGUUGUUGACGGCAUAUAUUAGAAGUUUCAGAUGCACGGGCCGAGUGUUCAUUGCGGCUUUUGGAUCGACGAAGUGAUUUGCUGAGAGUGCUAUCGUAGUGCCUGUAUCAAAUUUUGGGUUCUAUGAAUUUUCAUGCAGCAUGCGGUGUCUACUGAUAGCUCAACAUAGCAGAUGCUUGUUGGCUGCGCUGACAUGUAAGCUAAUGGAAACUUGGCCGUGAUCUUGAUCUCAAAUCCAUGACUUCCUGUGUAUUCAUGUGCAGGCUCUUCCCCUCAUAUUGCUUGAGACAUUCACAGCCUUCUGAUUGCAUUGCCCAGCUAUUCUAGAAUUUGACUGGAAAUUCUGCUGCACUGUAACAUUUGUUAUGCACAUUGAGUUGAUUUUACAGGGAUAUCUAGUUGUAUUUA